AUGCCCAGGCUUCAUCCAUCAACAUUAACUACAUCUCGUUCUUAUUCUGUUGGCGUCACAACAGCGAAUAGUGAACAAUCAUUGGGACCAAAUUUACAAUCUCGUCUUGAAGCACUUGAAGCUGCUAUGGGUGUUAGGCUUAAUCUGGCUAAACGACAAGGUCGUCAUUCAUUAUCAAAUACUACAAGUCCAUCACCAAUGCAACUUUCACCAACAUCAACAGCAAUGAAUACAACUAUAACUAAUUCUCUUUCAUUAUCAUCUCGUCAUAAUAUUCCAUUACGAUCUGGUCAAGGUAUUCAAAGAUCAGCAUCAUCAUGUGAUGUUGAAAAUCGUCCUGGUCCUAUUAAACGUCUUAAACCAUCAUUACCUAUUGAUAAUUGUUCUUCAACAUCCAUUGCUGCAUCUAUUGCAACAGUUAAAAAUUAUCCACCACCUGUUCGUCGACCAGUAAUGCCCACACAAACAAAACAAUCAACUCCAAUUAAGCAACGUUUAUCACCAAUGGAUACAUCUUCACCACGUUUAUCACGUUCAUCAACAACAAGUACUAAUAGUACAUCAAGUAGUUCAAAUUAUCGUACACCAAUUGGUGGUAUUUCACCAAAACUUAUUAAUAGUCCAUCACCAAAACGAAUAUCAAAUCAUUCUUUAUCACAUCCACCAAUAAAUGUUCCACAAAAAAGACGUUUAUCAAUAUUUGGUGAACAAUUUUCUGAUGAUAUACUUAAAAGAAAUUUAUUAUGGAUUGAUAUAAAAGAAUUCGAUGAUGAAAGUCAUUCAGAAAUUAUUUUACAAUUUGGUUCAAUAGAAAAUUUUCUUUCUGAACAACAAUUAUUCUUUACAAAACAACAAUAUGAUUCGAAAUUAGCAGCACAAAAUAAGACAGUUGGAAAUCGAUCACGUUUUUACUUAUCAUUAUCGAAGAAGGAUCGACUGGAACUGUUGUAA